GGUCCCCAGUCCCCCCGCCCCCACCGAGAGACCCCUCCCACUCCAGGGACAGCCCCUCUCAGAGGGAUCCCCCAGCCCAGUGCCCUGUCCCUGUCCCCGUCCCCCCAGAGCAGGCCCCAGGGUCCUGCCUCUUCCAGCCCCCCGAGAGACAGCAAGACCAGCCCCACCCCCCAGGGCUGAUGGGCUCCCAGCCAACUCUGCCGCCAGCCCGGAGGGAGUCCCCCUCUCACGUCCAUGCCAUGUCCUCCACAGCAAGAUCCGCCCUGGGAGCCUGACCCCCCUUCUCCACUGAGUAUAUUUGCUCUUCCCCCCAGGGACCCCUCCAACUUUGGGGCCCUCCCUCAGAGACCCCCUCCUCAAGGCUUCCCCCCAGACAAUGCUGUAAAGUUUGGGGGAGCAGGGGAGAGGGCAGCCGGACUUGUACUGGGGCCCAGCCACACACAGCUGGGCCAGUCCUAGGUGCCUGCUUGCCACCCCAGGUACAUGGCAGUAGCUGGGAGUCAGGACCCCUGGGUUCUGUUCCCAGUUCUGGGGGGAUGCAGUGGUGUCUGGUGGUGAGAACUGGGAGGCUGGGAGCCAGGACUCCUGGGUUCUAUGCCUGACCCUGGCAGAGACUUGCUGGGUUGCUCCAGAUGUGUCUGUUCCCCUCUCAGUGGCUCAAUUUCCCUCUCUCUAGACAGGGGCUAUCCUUGGGCUCUCAGGUGUGAAACCAGCCAGUCCCCAGCAGGGCUGAACGCCGCUGCCUGUUCCUCACCCCCUCACACUCCAGGCACUGGCCCAGCCUCAGGCGCCCUGGGGAGAGGCUCAGAACCAGGCAGGGUAGCAGCACCCAUGCCCGGCAUAGCCCCUGAUGUCAGAUUUCCAAAUGAGUAUGGUGGGGAGCCAGCAUCCUCACUGCAGCUACUGCGGGCCUGUACCACCAGCAGCUGUGCAGGGGUGCCCGGAGCCCAGCCCCUGCCUUGGCCCCCCUCCUGGGGCGCUCUGCCUCCCCAGCGCCCAUUCCCUUUCUCCUGCCCUGCCAGGGGCUGUGCACCAGGGGGCUCUGGGGCCUGGGCAAGGAGCCAGAGCUCAGCCAGGCUCCGCUGGGCGUGCGCUCCUCCCCCCGGAGCGGGCAUGGUCCGCUCCCAGCAUCGAGCGGCUCGGAGCAUCCUCAAGGUACCACGGGCGCAUUGAAUUAGCUGCAUCCCGGAGGAGGCACAGGGAGCGGAGCCGUCUGCAGGGCGCCCGGGGCACCUGGGGAUACAGGGGAGCCCAUCCCAGAGUCUCUCCAGCUCUGGCAGCGACCGUCGAAGGGUUCCCAUGAAGGGCGAAACCCCCGUCAACAGUACCAUGAGCAUCGGGCAGGCCCGCAAGAUGGUGGAGCAGCUCAAGAUUGAGGCCAGCAUGUGCCGGAUAAAGGUAUCCAAGGCAGCAGCUGAUCUGAUGACAUACUGUGAUGCCCACGCCUGCGAAGACCCACUCAUCACCCCGGUGCCCACCUCCGAGAACCCGUUCCGUGAGAAGAAGUUCUUCUGUGCCCUGCUCUGAGCCCUGCCUGCCCCACCCCUCAGCUACAGCCGCCGUGUAAUCCCCUCUUAGCCUCUCCCCUGACCCUGCCUGGGUGAUUGGGCACGACUUCCCAGGUAGGGCCUGACCCACCGCCAAACUCUCAGGCCCUCCUAGGACCAACUUUGGAGCUGGGUGUUUGGCUGGGACCACUCCCCCAACCCACACAAACUUCCACAGACAGGGCACCUGCCCAGAGCACAAGCCCCCAAGGCCCCUCCCCUUCAGGGGGAACCUGCCCCACCCCUACCACACACACAUCAAAGCAGGAGGGGGUUUCACACCUCAUCCUGGCAGGAGUCACACCAAGACCUGCUCCCCUCUCCAGGCCUGAGGCAGCUGAAGCUGCAGGCCCAUCCCCAGCAGCAUCACACUGACCCCGAAUCACCCCAAUUCCAUUAGGGGGGAGGGUGUUAGCUCCCAGCCUGCUGCUCCUGGGUGCCAAAGGGGGAAAGAGGCCCAUCUCCUUCCCCCAGGGCUGGAGGGGCAGUGCCCAGAUUGCAGGGCUGAGCCGCCCCACACAAUGUAAACUGAGACCUUGAGAAUAAAGUAACAGG